UAAUAACUGAUUCAUGCUCUAUAGACGUUCUUAUUUAUGUGAAACUGGGUGCUUAUCACUUAUGUUUGCAGCAAACAGCAUUGAACUACUGUUUAAGCCAGUUUAUCUUCCACAAUUAUCUUUUGUUUACUGUACCUUAGAAGAGAAAAUAUAAAUUAUGGUAAAUAUAUUUAAAAUAUAAAAUAUGUUAAAUUAUAUUUGUUCAGUAUUUCUUAGUUGUCUUUAAAUCUCUAUUACUUAUUAACAUUCUAAGUUUGAGUUCUCGGAGUUGUGCAUAUUAGGACCUUAGGAAUGAUGAACAGGGAGAAUGUGAAGCUUGGUGCUGGUUGGACAGCUUUAUGAAGUUAUGUUUUGAAAAGCCUACAUUGUGCAUUUUUUUGUAUUGGAUUCUAUCUUAUUUAUACUGUUAACACCUCUCCAGGUCUCUACAGAAAGUCUGUGUUUCUCACAGUUUCACUAAAUUAAAACUCCAUAAAUCUGGCAUAAUUCUCAGCUUUAAAUUGUGCUUUUGCCUUUAGAGAAUCAUGAUAAAACAUAUAUAUUUUGCAUUAUUCAGUUUAACAUGUAUAACAUUACUUGAGUUUAUUCAUGGACAGAUAUUUCUAGGGAGAUGAAUAUAUUUUAUAAGGUAUUCCUAGCCCACUUUAAAUAUGAGCAAACAUUCUUUUGUGAGGAAAAAUAAUCAUAUAAUGUCUGUGAGCUUAUAGAAGCUUCAUGGGGAAAGGUACUGCAUAUGGCACAGCAUCAUUACCAUGUGUCUAGUGUUAUAACUCCAUUGUUCUAUGACCAAACCUCUAUUAGGGCUCUCACUUCCUGUCAAACCCAGUGGGAUCAUGUUGAUGUGUUGGCACAGGAAGCUGCCUCCCAAAAUAAUGGUGUUCUUACUCUUGUAAUACUUACAAACCUUAGUGGCCCUGAUGCGUAUAGAUAUUGAAUUACUAUUAAGUGUGCUGUGGCAACUCGACAAAACUGGCUUUUUCAUUUUACUGGUGAGUUUUCAUAAUAAAUACAAGGUUUGAUAAUCUUGGCUUUUAGAAAACUCUUAAUUCAGUAACAGAAGUAUGUUUCUAUCACAGAAAUUUCAGACUUGAAACCUUAAUAUCCUAAAGAUCCUCUCACCCCAGAGUACUGUGGAUUACAUCCCCAGAAUCCCUAAAUGGCUAAUGGGAUAGAAUAGGACUUCUAAACAAUAUUGGCUCAACCAAGUACCUAUCCUUUAGCACAUUAGGAAGUAAAUGUAUAUGGAAACAGAAGUAAAUGAAAGUAAUAACUCAAGUUUUGAAUUGUAGUUUGAAAACAAAACACAAAAAAGUUCUGAAGUCCAUCCUAGGAAAUGCAUACAUAGGAUAUGAAAUGAAUAUCAUUUCAUAAACAUCUUUCUAAGUGUGUGAAUACAUUUCAGUGAUGUGUGUACAUAUGCACUUUGGUAUUUUUAAAUUAUUAGUUUAAUGCCAUUGAUGUCUUCUAAAAAAAAAAACCUGUUUUCAUAAUUCAGUCACUUGAAUCUUUAUGACAGAACAUGGUUAUUAGCUGGGCAGAAUUCCCAAACACAUAUUUUUUUUAUUUGACAAAUCUGAGGAAAGGAUGUCAUUGUAGAAGCUGUAUCAGGAAAUAUAAACAGAUACAGAUUUUUAUUUGGCCUUGUAAGAAAUGCAAUCCCACGAGUAACUUAAAUAUUUGUGAUUUCAAAUCAGUUCUUUCCUCGUUUCUUACUCUUUUGUUACUUUUCAACCUAUGGGAUGGCGCUGUCCUUGAACUUGGUUUAUUUGAUCAUUCAAGUGCAACCACCAAGUUGUCUGUAAUAUUUAAAAACUGAGGUUUCAUGGUAUUAUUUGUAAAAUAACACCACAUAAAUGUAUGGGCUCUGGUUUCUUUGAGAUACAGUGUUGGUUGCUUUAUGAAUAAAAGCAUAAUUUCAAUUCUGGAGACUUUUUGCCUGAAGCCUGUAAGACAGAUGCAUCUGAUUAACUUUGGUGAAACUGGAGGGGCCUGUUAUUGUAAUGUAGAUGUUUUCGGGCUGGGAGGAUACUUUACAAAGGCAUGUGAGAGGGUCUUUUUUUUUUUUAUUUAAGUGGCUGAGAACAGUUUUGCCACAGAAACUCUCAGGCUGCUUCAUGUUUGCACACUUUGAUUUUCCAGUGGAACUUCCCCGUUAGCCUGUCUGAACGCGAUGCUUCACACUAACACGCGAGUAGGGGAUGGGACGUUCUUCAAGAUCCCUGGGAAGUUGGGCCUCUACGCUCUCAAAAAAGAGGAAUCAUGCCCAGCUGGCGGCACACUGGACGUAGGCCGCGAGCCUGACCUGGGCAGCACGGAGAUGGCCGAGGCCGGCACCAGUGCAGAGGGAGACAGAGUCUGUGUGAAGCAGGUGACUGAUGAAGCGUCUCCCAUUCGGGACUCAAGCCUCACUAACGCAGCUGUGCAAAGCAAGCUAGUGUCUUCCUUCCAGCAGCACACUAAAAAGGCCCUCAAACAGGCUUUGAGGCAGCAGCAGAAAAGAAGAAAUGGGGUCUCAGUGAUGGUAAACAAGACUGUUCCUCGCGUGGUCCUGACACCAUUGAAGGUGUCUGGCGAGCAGUCAGACUCACCUUCAGGAUCCGAAUCUAAAAAUGGUGAAGCAGACAGUUCAGAUAAAGAAAUGAAACAUGGGCCAAAGUCUCCCACUGGAAAGCAGAGUCAGCACUUAAAACGACUGAAAAAGUCUGGUUUAGGACACUUGAAAUGGACCAAAGCUGAGGACAUCGACAUAGAAACCCCAGGAUCUAUUCUCGUCAACACCAACUUGAGAGCGUUAAUAAAUAAGCACACAUUUGCCUCCUUACCUCAGCAUUUCCAACAGUACCUCCUUCUUUUGCUCCCAGAAGUGGAUAGGCAGAUGGGCAGUGAUGGAAUUUUACGCCUCAGUACGUCAGCUCUAAAUAAUGAAUUCUUUGCAUAUGCAGCACAAGGGUGGAAACAGCGGCUGGCAGAAGGAGAGUUUACUCCGGAAAUGCAGUUGAGGAUAAGGCAAGAAAUCGAGAAGGAAAAGAAAACAGAACCUUGGAAAGAAAAAUUCUUUGAAAGGUUUUAUGGAGAAAAGGUGGGUAUGUCACAGGAGGAUUCUGUAAAACUCACUUCUGGACCAAACAGUGAUGGAGCUGAAAGUCACCCUGCCCGUGAGGCCUCUGGCCUUCCAGGUCUUUCCAUGCAGACUCCCUCGGAAGAGCAACAGCCAAACAGCAUGAAGAGCCCCACCCCUCCGGAGCCAGGUGUCCGUGCUGCGCUUCAUCUGGAGGUACACAUAGGUAAAGACAUGAUGACAGAGCUGGAGCCAGAGGCUAUCUUGAUCCCUGAAGAAUCCGUGAUUCAGGAGGAAAUUGCAGAGGAGGUGGAGACCAGUGUCUGUGAGUGCCAGGAUGAAAAUCAUAAAACAAUACCUGGAUUUUCCGAGGAGGCUGCAAGUCCAGUGGACUCUCACGGGGAGCCCCAGGUAGCACCCCCAGAAGAAACCUUGGAAUCCUGUGUUUUGAUGAGUGAUGUUUUAGACCCUCAUGCUGAAGUUAAGGUGGAAGAGAAAUCAGAAUCUCCCCAGGAAGACAUGUCAGUUGUUAUUGAUCAACUAGAAGUCUGUGACUCUCUUGUUCCUUCCGCUUUACCUGUGACAUCUGACACAGGACAUCAAGAACCAGAAACUGCACUAGAGACCAGUACCCCCAAAAUAAAAGCAGGGUUGGCGUCUCCAGAAGGCCAGUUUCCAAGUGAAGGAAUCACUGUAGACAUGGAGCUACAGGGUGAUCCUGAUGAACAGCCCGCGGAAAACACCUGCACCUCCGAUGCUUCCUUCUCUCCUGAGAGCCCAGAAGGGGCCUGUCCCAGCCAGACAUCCCCAGGAGGGGACACCCAGUCCACUUCGGAAGAGCCAUGUACCCCAGCCUCCCUGGAGACAACAUCCUGUUCUGAAGGGCCCAGCACUGAGAAUGCGGGCAAAUACCAGAGAAACGUCCCUGAUGACGACCUGCAUGCAUCUGUGAUAUCAGAAGCAUCUCCAGUGUCCACUUCACCUGGAAUAUCAGAUGCAUCUCUAAUGUCCAGUUUACCUUUAACAUCGGAAGCAUCCCCAGUGUCUGAUCUACCAUCGGCAUCAGAAACCUCCUCAGUGUCUUCCAUGCUCCUCUCCUCUGAGGCCACUUUCAUAUCCAGUUUGCCACUCCCUGCAGAAAUGUCUCCCAUGUCUAAUUCCAUGACCGAGAGAGUAGGGCAUCAACAAAGAAAAUCGCCUUCCAUGCCUGAGGGGCCACGCCCCCCACGGGACGGCAGCCCUGCCCCUGCUGAGCCCCUGGCAGAGAGCCCUCCCACCCGGCAGGGAGCGCUCUCGCCUCCCCCUGAACCCACCACGGCGGGCUCCCCUCCUGCUGCCCCUGGAGCUUUUCCGCCAGAGGAGCUGCCCGGUAGGGCUCUGAAUCCGCAGCCUGGUAAACCCCAUGGUGGGGCUGAGAAGCCCUAUCUUGCUUUGCUUCCAGAACUUUCUUCUCCAGAAGUGAUAAAAGUUAAAAAUCAUAAUGUCCUGCACAGAACAGAAAAGAAAGGGGUGUCGUCCCCAUUGGAAUUACCAGUUUUUUCUGAAGAGACUGAGAGUAAGGGAAACGAGCUUCCAUCAGCUAAAUUACAGGACAAGCAAUAUGUCCCGCCCACGGACAAGGCUUCAUUUUCAGAAGGCUCUAGAAAUAAAGCACAAAAGCAGGGGGGCUCCCAGAGCCGGCCGGAGACCUCGCCGGCCUCCAGGCUGUCGGAGCUGUCCAGGCCGCCCGACGGGGUCAGGAGCGAAAGCAGAGAACCCGAGACACCGAAGAGGAAAACAGCAGAGCAGCACAGCUUUGGCACCUGUAAGGAGAAGAGGGCCAGGAUAGACGGUGACCCGCCGGCCCACAGCGCGCCGCCCAGCAGCCCACCUGAGAAAGAGCAGCCUCCAAGGGAGGAGCCCAGAGUCCCGCCUCUCAAGAUCCAGCUUUCCAAAAUUGGGCCACCUUUCAUCAUCAAGAGCCACCCAGUCUCCAAAGUGGAGUCUCGAGCAUCGACCAGCACGUCCACCGGCGGGAGAAACACGGGAGCCCGAACUCUGGCCGACAUCAAGGCCCGCGCGCAGCAGGCCAGGGCCCAGCGUGAGGCGGCAGCGGCAGCGGCGGUGGCCGCGGCCGCGAGCAUCGUGUCAGGCGCCGUGGGGAGCCAGGCUGAGGGCAGCAAGGCACGGACCCUGGCACACAUCAAGGAGCAGACGAAGGUGAAACUCUUUGCUAAGCAUCAGGUCCGAGCCCACCUCACCCAGACCACGAAGGAGCCACGGCCACUGCCACUCGGCCCCAAGGAGGGGCCUCUGAGCUUAGACGGCUCUCCCAACCCUGAAGCAAAGCUUGAAGCUCCCACCGGUGUCAUAAUCGUGAACCCAAACUGCAGGUCCCCAAGCAGCAAGGCCACGCCCCUGCGGGAGGCCGCCCCUGCCCCGCUGCAGGCUCCUGGCCCAGCGCAGCACCCAGAACCUGCUGCCCACUCACCUCCACACGGGUCUGGCAAGAACACACCUGCGCCACUCUUCUCUGAAAAAGCCGUUUUAUCUACCUCUCCUGAAAGUAGCGGUGUGCCCACGCUUUUCCACAGAAGCUGCGUCCCCGCAUCCACCUGCAGCGCUGCGCCAGGAGCCGCUCCAGAGCAGCCUUUCACAAGCCCCGUCGGGGCGCCCUCCGUCCUGCGCUCUGCGGACAGCACAAGCAUCCCAGCUCCCGCUCGAAGCGGGAGCACGUCGGCAGCCAUCCAGGGAGCAGGCGCCGUGGGCAUAGCUGGCCCCCAGCGCGUGGGGAGCAUGCCUGCCGCCCCUGCCCCUAGUCCCGGGGACCGGCCGCUGCCCGCGGGCAGCAGGGUAGGCGGCUUGGCGCCAGACGCACACGCGGGAAGGGAUGGCAGGUCUUCCGAGGGGCCAGCCGUGCCCAGCGGGGAGGAGCAGGCCUGCGUGCCAGGGGGCCCUGCUGUGCGGACGGUGCUCGGUGGCCGGGCCUCGCACCCCGCCGCCCUGCUCGCUGGGAGCCCGCCCGAGCCACGUGCCGACAGCUUGGACAGAAGCACAGGGCCCCGCCACAGGGCGGACCAUCCUGUGACACCUCAGCCCCCUCCAGGGGCCUUUGUGCCCACAGCCACGAACAGAUCAAUUCCCUGUAAAGUCAUCGUGGACCACAGCAUGGCCCUGACUGCCGCUUCAUCUCUGGCCGGCCCCAUCGGCAGCGUGGAAGCCCGCGGGGAUGCGCAGGGCCGGCCAGUGAGGGCGGAGCCCCCCGUGCAACCCCCAGCCUGCCCUCAGGUGUCUGUCAUCAGCAGGCCCGAAUCGGCCACCCCUGUGGCGCAGCCCGACGGCAGAGCACCACAGGCCGCGUGCCCAGGCCGCUGCGACGGGCCCCCUGCGGUUCCAGACACAGUGCGAGGUCCGGCCGCCUUCAGAAGCGAGGCAGACACAACGUGCGGCGGUCAGUGCAGCGCAGGCCCCCGGGUCUGCUGGGCCGAUGAUGUGCCGAGGAGCACAGGACAGCCUCUGGCUGGCCUCCCACCGAGCAGACAGGAGCGCCUGGGGCAGGGCUGUGCGCAUCCCGCCACAACCGAGAACGCCGGCUACGCGUGCGCAUCGGAGCUCCUCCCCAGGCCUCUCCUGCCGACCAUGGCCCUCCCGGUGGAGGGCGAGCCUCAGGACGCGAACAGGGGCCUCAGGGCAGAUGCCGACAACUUCCUCGCGCCUGGGCGGCCGCCUCCAGCCACCACCAACCCCAACGCACCGCAGACAGAGGCCGCACGGGCUGUAGCUGCUGCGCCCACGGAGGAGGGGCCCUUGGCCGACACCCCGAAGAGAGCGCCCAGUGCGGGGACCUCAAGCUGUCGCCUGUCCUCCGUGGAGGCUAACAACCCGCUGGUCACGCAGCUGCUGCAGGGCAACCUGCCCUUGGAGAAGGCGCUGCCGCAGCCCAGGCUGGGCGCCAAGCUCGAGAUUAACAGGCUCCCACUGCCCCUGCAGACAACCUCAGUGGGCGCCCCCGCGCCAGAGAGAAGCGCUGCCGACGUGCCGUCCAGCUCGCCAAACCCAGACGGGAAAGGCUGCCUGACGGGGGCUCUCACACCCCUGCAAAUGAGAAAGCGAGAAAACCACCCCAAAAAGAGAGUAGCCAGGACCGUAGGGGAGCACACUCAAGUUAAAUGCGAGCCGGGGAAGCUGCUGGGGGACCCGGACGCCCAAGGGGUGCCCUGUGUCGUCAGCUCGGGCGUGAGUCCGCUGGGGCACAGCCAGCUGUUCAGGCAGGACUGGCUAAGCAAGCACGCCGCGCAGAACAGAGCUGUGCACAGCCCGGAGGUCAAGCAGCAGAGGCGGCUGCUGCCCGCGUGCAGCUUACAGCAGGGCCUGUUCCACGCCGAACAGAGCGGCGGCUUCCACCCCGGCGCUGGCCCCGCGCACAGGGCUCAUCUCCCGCCGCCGCCGCCGCCGCCGCCGGCCCGGGGACCCCUCCCCGGCGCGCCCCCUUCAGCCGGGCCCUUCGUCGCGGGCCGGCGGCCAGAGCCCAGGGCGCUGGGCGAGGCCGGCCCAUCCCCGGGGCGCGCACUCAGGCUGGCCGGCGUGCUAUCCCCGGGCGCGCCUGCCAAGGACUGCGACGAGACAGGAGUGCCGGCCACGGCCGGGGGACACAGAGGCCUGGGGCCGCCACCUCCAAACACCGAGCAGAAACAGGCCACGGAGGCCGCGCAGAGACUCGGGUGGCCGCAGGCUGCAGGCAUGCGCAGCGGCGUCAAAUCGGAAUCUCCCUCCUUUGAGGAAGGCCUGGGCAGCAGCUGUGAGCUGGGCAGGAAGCAGGUUUCCUGUGAGCAGAGUGACGUGAAGGAACAGUUAAAGGCGUUUGCCCUGAAAAGUGCAGAUUUCUCUUCCUAUUUGCUCUCUGAGCCGCAGAAGCCUUUUCCACAGUUGGCCGCUCAGAAAGCACAGGUGCCGCAGCCGCUCUGUGGCAGCUACCCGACCAUCCACUUCGGAAGCGCGAGCUUCAAGAGGGUGGCGCCUGCGACCGAGAAGUCCGUGAGCAUCGUGGGCAGCGCCCCCCUCGUGACCGCGGGCCUGCCCGGCCAGAGCGGGCCCGGGCCCGUGCCGGGCUUCGCCGACAGCCGCGCGGAUGAGCUGGAGCUCAAGUGCUCGUGCCGUCUGAAAGCCAUGAUCGUGUGCCGGGGCUGCGGGGCCUUCUGCCACGAUGACUGCAUCGGGCCCUCCAGGCUGUGCGUGGCCUGCCUGGUGGUGCGGUGACCACCCGCCGUGGCGCAGGGCCCUGCGGCUGCAGCCGCCAUCUGUGGGGGCUCAUCCGUCCCGGUGGCAUGCCUUCUGCGUGUUUAGCUUUGGAAAAUUCUCAUCCUUGCCGUGGAGGUCACUACCCCGUGUUCUCCUCGAACCCGGAAGUAGAUGGGAAAAGGAUGCCUUCAUUAAUACGAGCCCGAGCGCUCCGCAGCCGGAAGGGCCUGUGAGAAUGAGCUCGGCUGCGCUGCGCUCGGCACCUGUGCCGCCACGGCACGGCCUUCCCCAGGGGGGAAACUGCACCUGCCCACACCGGUGAUUAAAUCACAGUUGGAAGGGAAUCCCAUAUUUACUAACAUCACAAAAGAUGCAGUAGAGGAGGCAUGCCAUCCAUGAACCGCCUCCCCUCUCUUUAGAUUCUUCCCGGAGACCCGCAGAGCUGCUGGGCAUCUGCCUUGCACACUGUACCCGCACUGGAGUGAAGUGUGUUGUCUUCCUGAAACGCAGUGUGGGCCUCAUGCCCAUUAGUCUGGCUCCAGCCCCUUGACACCUGAUACCAUAAGAUCAAUUGGCCAACAGAUGGGCCGUAGGCUCAGAGGACUUUAGAGCUUCUGGGUAGCUUUUAAGAGCAAAUAUGAAAAAAAAUGCCCUAGUAUAUUAAAAGCAAACAAGUAAAAAGUGCUAUAUAUGCAAACACAAAUGGGUUGAUAAUGUACGUAUGGGUCCAUUCCAUUCACUCUAAUAAGGUCACUAUUAAAUUCAGGUGAAAUGCCUUACCCUUUAUUGAUGACACCCGUGCAUUCCUGCUUUGGGCCUUGCAGAGGUUUGCCACCUCAUGCUUGCGUGUCAUUGAUACUAAAGGGGACUGAAGUGGGAACGUUUUCUGAACAAUUUUUUUCUUAAGGUUCAUGACCUGUAUAACUAUGUUUGAUUCUGAAAUAGCCUUUAUUUUAAAAAUUGUUCUUGGUAUUGCAUGUUCUGGUUUUUUCCCCUCAGAUGAAGCCAGUAUAUCCGUCAUAUUUAGGAAGUGGAACUGUUUUUGAAAAUGGGAUACUGCAUCUUACAAGUAUCAUCAGUGCUUACCCUAAACUCUGAGUGUUGAGUCUUUGAGCGACAUUCCAUGUACUUUGGCCACCAUCAUGCCAAGGGGCAGCCAUAUUUCAGGAGGCUCUUGCCCUAAAGAAAGUUCAGAAGCACAUGACAUUUUGGAAAGACAAAAUCAGCAAAACCACGCCAUCAAUGUCAGGCUGCAGAGCACAGAGUGUGCAGGGCCAUUAACCCUCUGAUUGAUGGAGGCUGUAAAAUUUGGAAUUUAAAAACAAACAAACAAACAUGGGGUACCAUGCGUACCCAGGGUAAGAAUAACAGAUAUUCUUACAAGGGGUCAUCCUAAUCAAUGUGAACUUUUGACAUUCCCUUAAAAUAUGUCUUAAAGACUGACUGGAAUGAGCAGAAAUUACAUUCCUGGCAGAAAAAAGAAAUACUUGUGAUUUUUUAUAGUAAUCAGCCAUGGUAUGUUUUUUUCCUUCAUAUUUAUUACCACAAUGUUGCCAAAUUUUGUUAGGUAAUAGAGACUCCAUUUCUAUUAACAAAUUGCCGAUAGUGAAAAAUGCUUUAUCUUAAAAGGAAAGAAAAGCAAGGGAGGCCCUGCCUCUGUGGCCACGUUUGGCACUUCAGUACCGUCACUUCUGUAUUUCACAUUAAAAUGACCGGCUGAGAAAACGAGCAGUGGGCUCACCCAGCCCUGUGCCAGGCACGCAGCCUCAGCUCUGGGGGAGCCGGGUCGUCCUGCACCAGGUCAGAGGGUCACGCCCCGCCAGAGGUGUCUGCGGUCUGCCUGGCCUAGAUCGUCUUGGUCGUCGAGGACACACGCUAGCCUCACGGGGGCACCCCUGAGAUGUGCGCACUUGCAUGCCAACUUCUUCCACAUUCAGCUGCCGCUCUACUUGUGUCAGGUGCUAUCUAUACCAGCAGAUUCCAAACUACCACAGCAGUAACUGACACUGUCUGCACAACAUGUGCUCUCUGUAUAUGAGGCACAGUGGAGGCUGCUGUGAGCUCAUAUUCUGUCCCAUCAUUGUGGAAUGCUGCCUGCAAGUUACUUACUGGGAAUGAAGAAAAGUGUCCUUUUGUAGGUUUUGCUUUUUCACAUAAUAGGUUUGGAGAAUCAGUUGUUGACCAUGCCUGGAUUCCAUCACCCAGAUGCAAAGAGCAAAAUUCCUCUCUGUCCUUGCUCUUUACUGCCCCCAUUUAAAUUCCUAGAGUCCACAUAUGAUUUAUACGACUAAAUUCUUAUCUUCAGGCUAAAACAGGGAAAGAAAAGGAAUUCACAGGUAAAAUGUGGAUCAGAAAUUUUACAAGUGUCCACUUAAUAUAUAUACAAAAGCCAGUAUAUUUGGAGUAGGUUCUUAGUUUUCCGAUUUCUACAGGCCUCUGCCUAUGUGCAAAUGGAGUGUGUUAUUUACUAUAUUGUUACUGUGGUGUAAUGUGCAAAUUUUAGUGUGUGCGUUAUCCUGACUAUUGGAUGCUGUGAUACUCUUAUCAGGAUAGAACUUGCACAUGUAACUUUUUUUUUUUAUCACAAAGGAUGUAUUUCCCUAAGUAGCACUUUUGGAGCAGGGGAAGGAAGAAAACAUAUUCCUUAACCCCUCUCCUGUAUGAUAUGCAGAUGCCUGAGGUGUAUAGGGGCAUUUUGGUAGUUCAUGGGCAUGUUAAUAGCAUUCUGAUGCAAGCUCAUUUUCAAAAUGAAGAUAUUUUUCCUUCCCUAAAGUGAAAAUAGAAAUGUUGGUGAACUGAGCACCGUAGUUAUAUAUAUACUAUUUCCCUGCUAAGGUCUAGUUUUAAGAAAAAACUUGAAAACAAGCCUGUGAGGUUGAGCCUGGUCGCUGUAAAGAUUUGACGGCGGUCCGUGUUUCUGGGAUGAGCUAGGAAGGUUCGGCUGCCUGCCCGGCCUGGGAUGCCGUCCCUCGUUGAGAAGAACACACAGAAGGAGCUGGUCCCACGGCUCCUGGGCGCAGCCACGAGCGGAGCGCGGGAUGCCGGCGCCCCACCGCGCACCGCUGCGUGGGGAGGUCACUGUGGCCUCGAAGACCCAGGCCCUCCCGGGUCUGGCGCCGGAGGGAAGCAGGCGAGGCCCGCGCUCCGGGGAACCGUGUGGGGCUCCUGGUUUCCAGACGUCGGGCCGCGCAGCCAAACUCUCUGAACAAAGCCGUUGUCUUCAGUCCUCGCGCUUCAUGCCGUAAAGCGAACAAAGAGCAUUUUUACUAUAAUUUCAAGGAGCUGCUUUUUUAUAGCACAUACUUUUUUGCUUUGUACUGUAUUUGAUAGUUGCAGAAUAAUUUAGGCUGUAGAAACCUUUGUUGUGUUUGUGCUGUUCACGAAUGUUGCGAAGCAAAUGCUUUACUCGGCUGCCGUGAUAUCCUCGUCCUGCUGUAUUUCCCUCCUGCCUCGUGGGAACCUCAUCUGAUUUCUGUUUUCAGUACGGUUUUUUUUUAUAUGUUGCUUGUGUGUAUGGGCUUUUUUUUUUUUUGGUUAGUAUUCUGAAUGUUUACAUCUGUUUGACAUUAGCCAUUUAAUGCCUUUUUUUUUAAGGCAGUGUAUUACCCUGCAUGUAACAGCAAAAUGUGAAAUCAACCCACACGUAACGUGCAUGACAAAUACAGGCUGGGGGCAAAGGCCCGGGACGUAGUCAGACAUUGGACAUGAGCAUACAGGAAGGGAGACCCUCCUUCAGCCCUCUACCAAAGAAUAUAUGAUUCCCGCAGGAAAACUCAGAAGGGGGAGCAGUUGAUUCAGCAAGACUGCUACAAUUUAAUACUGUUAUAAGCUUGCUUUGAUACCUGACUAAAUGUGACUGAGCAACAACAUUUAAACAAUUUUAGACAGUGUUUUGUUUAGAAUUCAGGGAUCAUGCAUUCUUUAAUGGUGCUGUUUGUUUUUUAUUUCUUUUCUACAAAGAAAAAAAGUGUUGCCUACAAAAGUGACUGCUCAUAAUACCGUAAGUUAAAUGAAAUGGAAUGUUUGUCUUUUCAUGUUUCUGUUUUUCCCUUUUUCAAAGUAAUAAUUUGGGUUUCAAUAUUAAAACAUUCUGGAGAAAAUAAAGAAAUUAAACAGCAAACAAUUGUCAUUUUUAAUUUUUUUAU